AGAGAGAGAGAGAGAGAGAGAGAGAGAAAAAAACUUGUCAUCCGGUUAUGGUCUGUGAGCAAAAAAAAUUGCAACUGCAAUGGUUUGCGCCAUAGAGCAAAUGCACCCCUGCAUGCAUUGAAGUGCGGUUAGAAGACAACUUUACUGCAACAUUUACAACAACGACUAAAUGACAACGACUGCGCGGCUGCUGCAAUGGACUGUUCGAUAAAGGAAGCGCUGACCGUGGUGAGCGAGGACCAGCCCAUAUUCGAGCCGCCCUACACCGCAGUGCACAUGAAGGCCGAGAUGACCUCGCCCGGCGGGUUCAGCCACGCCUCCAAGCAGAGUCCCGAGCCCACCGAGCCGGAGUGGGCGGGGUCAGCGGCACAAAAACCCGGGGAAAAGAGCGAACACGUCAAUGGAACCAGCCGUGAAUCCCCCGUGGACUGCAGCGUCACCAAGCGCUCCAGACACAUGAGCAAUGGACGGUGGCCGAUGCCGUACCAGUCCUCGUCCGAGCCUCGCAUCAGCCCCCAGCUGGCCGCCCCACCCACCAGCGUCACAGAGGAGAAGAGAGGGUCCAUCGUGCCGGCAGAUCCAGAGGUUUGGACACAGGACCACGUGAGGCAGUGGCUGGACUGGGCCAUCAAGGAGUACGUCCUGGAGGAAGUGGACGUCAUGCUCUUCCAAGCGCUGGACGGCAAGGCCCUCUGCAAGAUGACCAAGGACGACAUGAUGCGCCUCACGUCGGCCUACAACGCAGACAUCCUGCUGUCGCACCUCAGUUACCUCCGGCAGAGUAGCCCUACGUUCUCGUACUCCACAACCUCCACCAACACCACACCGCCACCGCCGCCACCACAGCCCAGGCUGCAGGUGAAAGCAGAGAGCGGUUUUGAGGAGAUCAGCUGCAGGAACAGCUGGGCGGCCAACACCAUGAGUGCAGUGCCAAAAGGUCCCUCCAUGGAGCACCAACACAGCUCCAGAGUCACAGAGCCUGCUCCAAGAAAUGUCCAAGACCCGUAUCAGACAUUAGGGCCCAUAAGCAGUCGACUUGCCAACCCAGAAGGCCAAGCCCUCAGCACAUCCAAGAACCGAACAGCCAAACAAAGUCCAUACAAGCUCCCUGACCCCAGCGCUCACAGGCCUGUGGGUUCGGGGCAGAUCCAGCUGUGGCAGUUCCUGCUGGAGCUGCUGUCUGACAGCAACAACGCCGGCAUCAUCACCUGGGAGGGCACCAACGGCGAGUUCAAGAUGACCGACCCGGACGAGGUGGCCAAGCGCUGGGGCGAGCGCAAGAGCAAGCCCAACAUGAACUACGACAAGCUGAGCCGCGCUCUGCGCUACUACUACGACAAGAACAUCAUGACGAAGGUGCACGGGAAGCGCUACGCCUACAAGUUUGACUUCCAAGGCAUCUCGCAGGCCCACCAGAAUCACUCGGCGGAAGGGGGGAUUGUUAAGUACCAGACUGAGAUGUCCUACGUCCAGCCCUACCACAGCCACCAGCCCAAAAUGAACUUCAUGGGCGGCCAUCCUGCCCCUAUGCCCGUCUCCCCCGGCAACUUCUUCAGCCCUCCGUCCACGUACUGGAACUCACCCAACAGCCCCAUAUACCCUGGGUCAGCCAUGACCAGGCAUCCCACCACCCACUCCCACCUGAGCUCGUACUACUGAGGACGAUGCAUUUCACACCUGAGCGGGAUAACGUGAGAGGAACCCAAACGUCCUGAAGACACAUUCACUCCAUUCAGGAUGCACCCGAGCUGAACCCUUGUCUGAAAUGAAGGAGGUAUGACGCUAGGGGUCGGAUUGUAUAAGGGCGCUGUUUUUGUUUUAGUCUCAGUCCUUCAUGAAAAAUGGAUAACACGCGAGGGUUAAUUAACUGAGGAAUGCAAGGGAUUGGCAUUGUACGCCUCCCAAGAUUUUUAUAAAUAUACUGAUUAACGGUUAUUCAGAUGUUAUGAAACCAAGUUUUUUUGUAAGUACCUUGUUUGAUUUGUACCCGUUGUAAAAUCAUUGCCUUUACUGUGAGAGUAGCUAACGGUUUAGAAACUGUUCUGCAGAUAUCACAUUCAAUGACCUGACAUUUGUAAAAGAUAAAUUGUAUAGAAUGAUGGUUAUGUAGCAAUAUAACAUUUACUCACAAUGUAAAGCUAAUAAACAAUGCUUGUAUCUGAAAA